AUGAAUAAUAGAUAUACAAUAUUACAACAUCAUCGAAAAAAACAAUAUUAUAACAAUCAUCAUCAUCAUAACAAUAAUAUAACUUUAGUAAUAGUAAUCAUUAUAGUAGUACUACUAUCGAUUGAGAAUAGUAAUAAUAAUAGUCAUUUGUUUAUUGUUGGUGAUCCAACAACAACAACAACAUCCUCUCUAGAUUCAAAUGUAUCAACAAUAAUACCUCACAAGUCAAAAGAUUGUUGUGAGAAAGGAUCUUUGGACAAUGGCACUGGAGAAUGUUAUAAUCCAAUGAUAUCAACCAUCAUAUUCCAAUAUGAUUGUGUAAAUGAUACUUCGAAAGACUUUGAUAGAUAUCAUCAUUGUGAUUUUUGUGAUCAAAAACUAUCAACCUUUUUUAUUGGCAUGUUGUUGUUAAUGUCAAUUUCAUUGGUAGCUAUUCUAUUGUUGGUAUUAAAUAUACAUUAUAAAGCCAAUGCUGCUAGUCAAAACCAAGAACCAACUGAACAACAUCACAUUAACCAUCAUAAUCAUCAUAAAUCACCAACAUCCAUUUACAACUAUUACCAAUCUUUUGGUCAUUCCACAUUUUCUCCUUCUACUUCUCCUCCUCAUACAAAUAAUUUAUUUAAUAAUAAUAAUAAUAGUAAUAAUAAUCAUAGUGAGACAACUUUAUUGUUAUCAUCAUCACCGACAUCACCUCUAUUGCAGGCGACGUCAUCUAUAACUUCGUCGUCAUUUAACCAUCAUUAUUAUGAUAAUUCCAUUACUAUAUAA